UGCUCUUCACAUCCCUUCAUGAUGGCUUUUUUUAUUGUGUUACUUAAAAGAGUAAUAUUAAUAACAUGUGUUUUACUGAUUUCUGUCUAUCAAGGAACCUCUAGGCCAAUUUUCAUGGUGACAUUUCCAGGUGUUAUAAGAUCAGGCUCGGAGGCUAAACUAUGUGUAAGCCUUCUAAAACCAGAAGAAAAUCUGCAGCUUACUAUUUUGCUGGUUUACUCUAACCAGAAGAGAACACUUCUACAGGAGAGAACUGAGAAGGAAUUCCACCGCUGCCUUGACUUUCAGGCUCCUGAGUCUGAUUCAGUGCAAGAGAUCCAAGUCGAAGCUCAAGGGAAAAACACUCAAAUGAUUGAAAAGAGAAAAGUCAAAUUCAUGUCAUAUAAUCCACUUACAAUAAUUCAAACAGAUAAACAAAUCUACAAUCCUGGACAAACUGUUCAGGUCAGGAUUUUCACAGUGGACCUAAAUUUUAAACCAGUUGAUGAAACAUACAAACUCAUAACAGUGCAGGACAAUCGAAUGAACAGAAUCAAUCAGUGGAUUAAUGCCACAUCAACCCAUGGCUAGAUUCUGCAACUUUCACAUACGCUGAAUCCAGAGGCUGCUGUUGGUUCAUAUGAGCUUUUUGUAGAGACUAGCAAGCAAACAAUUACCAAAAAAAUUUAUGUCAAGGAGUAUGCUCCUCCAGCUGAACCUCCUCGACCCAUUGGACCCAAUGGACUCAAUGGACCUAAUGGACCCAUUGGACCCAUUGGACCCAUUGGACCUGGUGGACCCGGCAUACCUACAACUCCUGGCUUGGCAUCUGGAUAUGCUUGGCCGUUUGUGCGCUUUGCGUUCGAGGGUCGAACAUAUCAUUACAAGGUCCUGCCCUUCAGGCUGUCCCUGUCGCCCUGCGUCUUCACAAAAGUAGUGGAGGAGGCCCUUGUUCUCAUGAGAGAACUCUGCGUACUCAUUCUCAACUAUCAUGACGACUGGCUCAUACUGGCACAGUCACGGGAUCAGUUAUGUGAACACAGAGAUCUGGUGCUCAGUCACCUCAGCCAGUUGGCUCCUCCAGCUGAACCUCCUCGACCCAUUGGACCCAAUGGACUCAAUGGACCUAAUGGACCCAUUGGACCCAUUGGACCCAUUGGACCUGGUGGACCCGGCAUACCUACAACUCCUGGCUUGGCAUCUGGAUAUCAUAAGCUGCCACCUCGGGAGAAGCUGGAGCAGACUCGUAGUCUGGAGCAGGCUCUGGAGCAGAUUCAAGGACUGGAGUGGGCUCUGGAUCAGGCUCAGACUGGAACGAGCUCUGGAGAAGUAGCAGAGCACUUCCAUCAUAAGCUGCCACCUCGGGAGAAGCUGGAGCAGACUCGUAGUCUGGAGCAGGCUCUGGAGCAGAUUCAAGGACUGGAGUGGGCUCUGGAUCAGGCUCAGACUGGAACGAGCUCUGGAGAAGUAGCAGAGUUUUCCUUGUUUAUUCUCUUUUUUAUUUAUUUUUUUGGUCAAUGGUCAAUUUCAUGGAUCUGCUACAUCCCAGGCACAGGAACUGAGAACACACCUCUCAGUCCUGAAGAAACCAUUCGCACAUUCUUCCCAGAAACUUGGAUCUGGGAACUUGUUGAGACGGGGGACUCUGGAUCAGCUCAGGUUCCUGUUACAGUUCCUGACACUAUCACCUCUUGGGAGACGGAGGCCUUCUGUCUGUCCUCCAAAGGUCUGGGUCUGGCUCCUCCUGCUCAGCUGAUAGUUUUCCAGCCCUUCUUCCUGGAACUCUCUCUGCCUUACUCCAUCAUCCGUGGGGAGAUCUUUGAGCUGAAGGCCACUGUCUUCAACUAUCUGUCCAAGUGCAUUAUGGUUAAAGUGACUCCAGCUCCUUCCUUAGACUACACUCUCAAAGCCUCCUCUGAUGAUCAGUAUUCAUCCUGUCUGUGUGCUAAUGGAAGAAAAACCUUUAAAUGGAUCCUCACUCCUUCUGUUCUUGGAGUCUUGAAUAUUACAGUCAGUGCAGAGGCAGAGGCGUCCCAGACUGUGUGUGACAAUGAGAUUGUGAACGUGCCAGAGAGAGGACGCAUUGACACGGUCACACAAAGCUUGCGUGUAAAUGCUGAAGGAAUUGAAAAGACUAACAGCCACAGCUGGCUGCUUUGUCCCAAAGGGCAAAACCUCUUGGAGGAAGUGGAUCUAGCAUUUCCCAAAAAUAUGAUAGAGGGAUCAGGAAAAGUUGCUCUUUCAGUGAUUGGAGACAUAUUGGGUUGUGCACUGAGGAAUCUUGACAGAUUAUUACAGAUGCCGUAUGGCUUUGGAGAACAAAACAUUGCUGUUCUUUCUCCCAAUAUUUACAUUCUGCAGUAUCUGGAAAACACAGAGCAGCUCACCUCAGCCAUCCGAGAGAGAGCCACCGGCUUCCUUAAGAGCGGGUAUCAAAAGCAACUCAACUAUGAGAACUUGGAUGGAUCAUAUUCUACAUUUAAAAAGGGAGAAGGAAAUACAUGGCUGACCACAUUUGUGCUGAGGACUUUCGGGAAAGCACAGCGUUACAUCUUUAUUGACCCCCAAAAAAUUCAGAAUUCAAAGCAAUGGCUGAUACGCCACCAAAGACCAGAUGGUUUAUAUGAGAGCAGGGGAAAACUCUUCAAUAACAGAAUGAAGGGGGGUGUAAGUGAUGGUGUGACCAUCACUGCCUAUAUAACUGCAUCACUACUCGAGCUGAACACAUCAGUUAUGGAUCCUGCUGUGAGCAAAGGUCUGUCAUACUUAAAGCGUUUUGUUGGCGAUAACCGAAACACUUACACCACUGCUCUGCUCGCCUACACUUUCAGUCUGGCUAAAGACAAAGCAACUCGAGACUAUCUUUUAAAAAAGCUAAUGGGCAUUGGAAUUUCAGAAGGGUCUCGUCUCCACUGGUCUCAGUCUGCAUCUGCUGAUGACUCUGAUUCUCUGGCAGUGGAGAUCAGCUCAUAUGUGCUGCUAGCUGCUCUCACUGCAGAUUCACUCACUACAGCUGAUCUGGGCUUUGCUAACAGGAUUGUCAGCUGGCUUGUGAAGCAGCAGAAUGCCUAUGGAGGAUUCUCCUCCACACAGGACACAGUGGUGGCUCUUCAGGCUUUAUCUUUGUACGCCACCAAAGUGUUCAGCUCUGAUGGCUCCAGCACAGUGACUGUACAGUCAGCAGCAGACACUCACCACUUUGAUGUCAAUCAGGACAACAAGUUACUGUACCAGGAGAAGCAGCUGCAGAACGUUCCAGCCAAAUACAGCAUUGAAGCGAAGGGCUCAGCCUGUGUGUCUGUGCAGAUGUCUCUUUUCUACAAUAUCCCCACUCCCAAGGAUUCUAAGGCAUUACAAAUCUUUGCUAGGACUGUGGGACUGUGUCAGAGCGGGACAGGACAAAUUCUGGAUGUCGUAUUAGAUAUUAUGUAUACUGGGACACAAGACAGUUCUAACAUGGUCAUUGUAGAUAUGAAACUCUUAUCUGGUUUCAAACUAGAGCCCUCUUCCCUGGAUGCGUUAAAGAAAGCAGUACAUCAUGCUGAAUACAACAACGACCACGUGAUCAUGUAUCUUGAAGAGGUUCAGAAGGACAUGCUCUUCCGCCAAACACUACGUAUUAAACAAAUCUUCUCAGUUAAAAACCUCAAGCCAGCGGUUGUAAAAGUCUACGAUUAUUACCAGACCAGUGAGCGGUCUGAAGCAGAAUACUUUAAUCACUGUGCCUAAAGAGUGACGCUGCAGAAGAGACAACAGAUGUCUUCACACCAAUUCAGUAUAUAACUCUCCGCUAUUAUAUUGGAUUGGCAUAAAUAGUUAUGCAGCUGAAAGCUUUAAUUUUCUUAUUGUCUUGU